UCACAAACAAAUAUAUAUCAAAUAAAAAUCAAAAGAAGAAAAAAUCAAAAAUGGCAAGAAUCAACAUGAAAUCAACCUCAUUUGCUAAGGUUUUUUGGGUUGUUCUAGUAAUUGCACUAGGAAUGCAAAUCAAGGGCUCCAUGGCUCAAGCUCAAAGCACUUGUGCUAACCAGCUCGGUAGCCUAAACGUGUGUGCACCCUUUGUUCUCCCCGGCACACAAAACUCGGCUCCAAGUGCCGAGUGCUGUGGGGCCCUUCAAGCUGUUGAACAUGGCUGCCUUUGCAAUACCUUUAGGGUGGCUAGCGAACUUCCUUCUGCUUGCAAACUCCCUGCCCUUAGCUGUGGUGUUUGAGAUGAAGAAGAACUGAACAAGAAAUAAAAUUUCAAGCUGUGUUAUAUUUCAUGUUUCUAUUUUCAUGUCCUUUUUGAAAUGGGCUUUACUAUGAAAAUUGGGUAUGUUUCCAAAGAAUUGUGUGGGAGAGAAAGUGAGUAACAAAAAAGCACAACAUAAUAAAUGUGCCUUACUUAAAUAAAAAUAUGUAAUCCCACUUUUCGGAUAAUUAAUACAUAAAUAUUCUUGUCUUA